CGGUACAGAUAAGAGAGUGGUUCAGGAACGCGGCGGAACAACAAGCUAAGUGGAGGGAGACUAGGAGGGGGUGACCGACUGGAGGGUGAGCCUCACCCGGGAGCCUUGAUAUCGCCAAGAGGAGAGACGAGGAAUGGGGCGUGGAGGCUUUACAGCUCAAGAAAGAUCUGGGCCAACAGGGGUCACAGCCCAGAAGGGAUCUCGAUUAGGAGGGGUGAGGGACGGGAAGGUGGUUAUAGCCUAGGAGUGAUCACGGGAGGAGAGCCUGGACAGAGAGGGAGGAGAAAGGAGGGCAUGAUAUCAAGGAGAAGCGUGAAGGGCGAGGAGGGGCCCAGUCACAGCGGGUAGCGUGUGGACGUGCAGCGCAGGCACGGUGGGUGUUUUGGGACCAAGGAUGAUUAACUAGAGGGCCACUAGGACCCAAGUAGACUUGGCCACGCGCCAGACCGCCGUUCACUGGCGUAGUCCCCCAACAGCGCGUCAAUCCCGGAAGCCACAGCUCGGUAGUGACUCGAAGGGUCCACAAGCCCCGACCCCCCAGACCUAGGGCAGCACCGAUGACGCCCGCGCCAGUCCGGCAGCCGACCUUCGGCGCCGCGGUAGUGAACGUCCGGUCGCGGGGCUGACGAGGGCCAAGAGCGAUCGCUGCACAGGCCAGCCCUAGACCGCCACCUCGCGGCGCAGGGUGAACAUGCACGACCGCGCGCGCUCCACAUCCGGUUCUGCGCGGCUGAGAUUGGGCAUUGGGCGUGCUGGCGACCAAUCCGCGAGGCUCUUGCUGCGGAGUGGCUGGCCCCGCCGACGGCCGGAAACGCAAGGGUGGACCUUGCAAUGGUAGUUUUGUACGACUCGGGUCGGGCGAUCUGUGUCUGAGCGGUCUCAAGUCGGAAGCGACAAGGGGCCUGCGGGCCGAGCUCGAGAGCAAUCAGCCCAGAGCUGUCUUCUGCAGAGCCCGGCAUGGGUUUCCUGACCGCGGUGACUCAAGGCCUGGUGCGGGGAGCGGACAGGAUGAGCAAGUGGACAAGCAAGCGGGGACCACGCACCUUCAACAAGGGCCGAGGUGCUAAGAGAACGGGCAUCUAUGCCUCAAAUGGGAAGUUUGUGCAGAUAAAGGAAAUGGUUCCAGAAUUUGUUGUCCCGGACUUGACCGGCUUCAAGCUCAAGCCCUAUGUUAAUUACCGAGCUCCUGCGGGCGUAGAUACACCCCUGACCGCCAAAGCGCUUUUCCUGGAAACGGCGGCACCUGCUAUUGAAAAAGACUUUAAAGAAGGGACUUUUGAUGCUAACAACUUGGAGAAAUAUGGCUUUGAGCCCACACAGGAAGGCAAGCUGUUCCAGUUGUAUCCUAAGAAUUUCCCACGCUAGAAAACUGUGACAGAGACCAAAAGUUUGCCUAUGAAGUGGAGACAAUACAAGCCUUCGAUUCUGAGUGUCUCAAAAAGGAGGGGCAGCUUCUUUGUGCAUUUCUAUUAAAGGCCUUUGGUAACUCGU